CGAAUAUGCGUAUAUAAAUACAUGAACACUCAAAACGUAUAAUUUUAAUGCAAAAUCUUGUUGAAAGCUGUUGUUCAAUAUGGCACUUUUAAAAAUGUAUAGUCUAAGAAAUAUUCGAGUAAAUUUUAAAAGAUUUGACUUUUCAAUUUAUAAACAUUAUGCCUCCGCUUCAAAAACAAUGGAUGAAAAUAGAUUGAAACAAGUGCCUAAAACUGAAGCAAAUUUGAAAUUUAUCGAGGAUCCCGAUACCUUUGGCACUUUGUCAACUAAAUUUAAAAGUACAUCUAAUGAUGUGCUAGAAGAUGAAGGAGAUAUAAAAGAGCACGAGUUUCUUGAAAAAGUCCCUCUACCAAGCCAAAAGUUAACUAUUAAACAGUAUGCUGAUCUUAUAAAACAAUAUAUAAAACAUAAACGUCUUAAAGAAGCCAUAGACAUAUUAGAAGUAAGAAUGUUAAAAGAAGAUAGAGUUAAGCCAGAAAAUUAUAUCUACAAUAUCUUAAUAGGAGCCUGUGCAGAUGUAGGGUAUACCAAAAAGGCAUUUAAACUAUUCAAUGAUAUGAAAAGAAGAGCUCUUAAACCUACCGGUGAUACAUAUACCUGUUUGUUUGAAGCCUGUAUUAAUAGUCCCUGGCCUUUGGAUGGUUUGAAGAAUGCAAAGCACUUAAGAGAACUAAUGAUAGAGAAAGGUGUGGAACCAAAUAUCACAAACUACAAUGUAAUGAUUAAAGCUUUCGGUAGGUGUGGUGAUCUUCCAAUGGCUUUUAAAAUUGUAGAUGAAAUGAUGUCAAAGAAAAUUAAAAUAAGAGUUCAUACUUUCAAUCAUCUUCUACAUGCUUGUAUCAAUGAUAAAGAGCAUGGUUUGAGACAUGCUCUUCUUGUAUGGAGAAAAAUGUUGAGUAUGAGAGAGAAACCAAAUGUUUACACAUUCAAUUUAAUGCUGAAAUGUGUUAAAGAUUGCAAUUUGGGAUCUACAGAUGAUAUUAAAACUUUAAUUGAAGCAAUUCAAGAACAAGUAAUGAUUGAUUUGAGUAGAGUGAACAGAAUACAGAUAGAAUCAAAUAAAAAUGUCAAAUGUAUUGAAAAUUCAAUAUUGGAAAACCAAGAGAUAGAAAAAAAAUCUAUAGCUCAAACUUGUGAUGAAUCAAUAGACAAUCAUGAAGAGGUAGAUUUAGAAGAUCAAAAUUUUGUUCCUAGUGGUGGAACAAGUAAAGAAAUAACUAUUGUAAAAAAUCAAAACUCAAUUACUUUACUUCCAAAAGAAUAUAAAAAAACCCAAAGUGAAAAGAGGACAGUUCCCAACUUACUAUCAAAGUUCUUACAAUUAAAUCAGGUGUUAUCUCUUCAAGAAGUUGAAACAUUGCAAGAUAAAUUUGCAAUUGUUGGCGGGCAAGAAGAUUUUCUCAAAGAAAUGGAGGCACUAUCAGUAAAACCUGAUGUUAAAACAUUCACACAAAUGUUACCUUUAAUAGAUGAAAGUAGGGAAUGUGAAAUACAAAUAAUUGAAAAAAUGAAAUCUUUAAAUGUAAAACCAGAUAUAGAUUUUUAUAACAUGCUUAUUAAGAAAAGAUGUUUAAGAAUGGACUAUGAUGGUGCAUUUCUCAUUAAAGAAUUAAUAGAAAAUGAAGUUAAAAAUUGCAAAAAAAGUUAUCAACGCAGAAAAGCUAUAAAAUCUAACAUCUUGACAUAUGGCGUGUUGGCGAUGGCCUGUAAAACUAAAGAAAAUGCUAAAAAAUUAUUUAAUGAAAUGAAGGAGAAACAACUGAAAAUUAAUAUUGAAAUUUUAGGAACAUUACUCAGACAUGGUACCGUACAAUUGAAAUUUUCUUAUGUUUUGUACAUCAUGGAUAUUGUAAAGCAGGAGAAUCUGAGACCAAAUGAAGUGAUUUUAAAACAUUUAGAAGCUUUCCAUGAUAAAUGUGUCAAUAUUUUACGUAAGAAUGAAACAAAUACAAAUGAAAGUUUGUCUAGGGCUUGCAAAAGUUUUCUCAGCAAAUAUAAAACAUGGCUAAAAGAUAUACACAUAGAAGAGGAACAUCCUUGGAAACAAUUUAUGGAACCACAUCCUGAAACUGUACAAAGGGAAAACAUUGAAAUAAAAGAACCGAAAAAGUUUUAUAAAAGAAAUCGACAAUUUAUUCGUUAUGCUCCAAGAGUUUGA